AUGAGAUAUUGCAAAGUCACCAUUCAGCUCUCGGAUAUCUCGGCCAGAGUGUACAACAGCCUUUAUUCUCUGCAGUCCUUGAACGAUAUGGAUCAAUUGAGGAUGUCAAAGGCCCUGGAGUUGUGUGAAGAGUUGAAGGGCAUCAAACGCGAGCGAGAGAGCAUAAAGGACCAUUUCCUUCAGAAUAUUGAGGAAAUCUACGGGGAUAAAAUGUCCCAGGUCAUAUACUUGGCCGAUGAAUUACAGUACCUGUUGAUUCUAACACUUGUUCAUCGUGCGGUUCCACCACCGGCUGGCUCAACGACAGCAUUUUCUGAUGCGUGUCAACUCUGCUAG